CGUCCCCGUCCCCGUCCCCGUCCUCGGAAAGCUGUCGCCACUUCGCCACCAGAUGGUUCAUCUUCCUCUGGCGUCCCCGUUAUCUCUUCCGAUGUUAGCCAGCGCGAGCAGGAGCUCAACCGGGAUGAUAUGUUGUUCAUCAAGAAUACAACUCGUAAUCCAAACACGUGGAAGCGGCUAGAGAAGUCUACGCGGGAUAAACUCGAAUCGCGAACCUCCUCGCCUUCUUCGGGUGAAGACGAAGACGGAUUAUCGACGUCUCGAGUACGGUCGAAUCGCAAUCGUAAACGUACCAAAGAGGCCGAAGUGACUCGUCUGAAGUGGGAAAAACUCAAGGAGGAGGCUGCAUUGGUAAUCUCCGAUUCAGACGAUAGUUUUCUUGAUGUAAACAAGACCGAAGACGUCGACCGCUGGGGGGAGGAGCUCACUCACAAGCGUAAACGCGGCCAACGUGAUCGGUCGAGGUCCAUCACCCCGCCGCCCGCCUUACCACAGGCUACUUUGCAACAUGCGCGCGAGAUUAUACGGCAAGUGCAAGCGCUCGAUGGACGGCCCCGAGCAUACUCACCCACCAUCGAGCUCGAUGACGAUUCCGACGGCAGCAUUCAACUCGAUCCUGAGCUCGCAGCUAUACAGAAAAACGUGCGUCUUCAAGCCGCGCUGCCCCCGGCGGAAUCGGGCGGUCCUACGGAAGUAGUGAUCACCGUGAAGUGGAAGCCGCAUCCGGCCAAAGGGGAGGGGAACGGCCGACAGACCAGCUGGAUUUUCAGGCUAAAGCGGUACGACACGCUGCGGGCAGUGUUCGAAGGAACGGCUGAUGAGGCGGACAUGCUGGUCGAUAAUGUCGUUCUCAUGCAAGACGGCAUUCGUGUGUUUCCAUCUUCAACUCCGCAUGGCCUCAACAUGUGGGCAGAAGGCGAACUCGAGGCUUGUAAUAAACAAACUUUCGAAUACCUUCGUACCCAUCGGAAUACUCGUGGACGCUCCCCAUCGAUACCACCAGCAGAAUCCCAUGGCCCUCCGCGCUCACCUUCUCUUCUUCCCUUUGCGCCCAGCGAGCAAGACACAUCGGGUUCGGAUCUUGGCUCGGACACCCAGGAGUCGGCUUCAGACACGUUCAAGAUCGUCCUCCGCGCCGAAAAGGCGCCGAAGGAUGUGAUUCUACUCGUCCGACCCACCACGCUUUGCAGUACGAUUGUGGCUGCAUUCCUGAAAGCGAAUGGGCUCGUAGAGCAAUAUCCGGAUCCUGCAUCUACUGCCAAGAACGUACCGCAUCUAGUCGUGGAUGGCGAUCGAAUGCCUCCAAAUGCCCCUAUAUCCGACGCAGAUUUGGAGGAGGGUGACAUGGUCGAAGUGGCUGGAUUAUAGCCAUAACUGUUACGACGAUUUCCAUAUUGUUCUGGGCUUCUCUUCUAUGAUACGUGUAGCAUCCAACGAACCGUAUCUCCC